CUUUGUGCCGAAAGCUGCAUCAGCGUGAGUGUGAGGGGGUGGGAUUGGAGGUGGUGAUGCUGCUGGUGCAGCUGGUGCUGCUGAAGUACGCGGCUUGCGGUGGAGCUGUCUGGGAUGUGUUGACACGCAUUUCUGCUCCCAUCUCCUUGAUUAACCCGGCAGCCUGGAUGGUUUCGAGCCGCAGAGGAGAGGAAGAGGAAUGAGCGCGGACCGAGCAGCGGCAUCCUUAUCAUGCAGCCGCAGAAAAUCACCACCCGUCCAUUUUACACGAUUAUAUGAGCCGAUGAGCGCCAGUUUAUGUGUGCUUUUCAGACGGGCGGCAGCGCUGUGCAGACCCGGGAAUAACAACACAGGCCAACACCUCGCUGCAGCUACAUACAAGGAAUGAAAACGCUCCCAAGAUGGUCCGCAUCGCCAAGGCCCUGGGUUUGGUUAUUCUGUGCGUCGCCGUGCUCAUUUUAUCCCUCAUCAGCUACGUGUCUCUGAGAAAAGACAGCCUCUUCUCCUCCUCCAAAUACUACACGGGAGGCCCGAGGAUUAUGUUUCAUGCAGGCUUUCGGUCUCAGUUCGCCAUGAAUUUCCUGGACCCCUCUUUCAUCCCCUUAACUAAUGCCCUAAACGAAGAGCUCCAAGGAAAACCGUCCAAAUGGAAGUUCAACAAGACAGCUUUUUAUCAUCAGAGGAAAGAUAUCUUCAACUACAUCGACAUUCCCAACAACUUUUCCCUUACGAAGAACAGCGUGCGUGUUGGCCAGCUGAUGCACUUUGACUACUCCAGCCACAAGUAUGUUUUCUCCAUCAGUAACAACUUCAAAUCCCUGCUUCCCGACACCUCUCCCAUCCUCAAUAAGCACUACAGCAUGUGUGCCGUGGUGGGAAAUAGUGGCAUUCUUACCGGCAGCCACUGUGGCCCUGAAAUUGACCAAGCCGAUUUUGUCUUCCGCUGCAACUUUGCCCCCACCGACAUCUACUCCAAGGAUGUAGGCAAGAAGACCAACCUGACCACCUUUAACCCCAGCAUCCUGGAGAGGUAUUACAAUAACCUGCUGACCAUUCAAGACAGAAAUAAUUUCUUCCUCAACCUAAAGAAACUGGAGGGAGCCAUCCUGUGGAUCCCUGCCUUCUUCCUUCAUACCUCAGCUACAGUAACUCGGACCUUGGUGGAUUUCUUUGUGGAGCACAAGGGACAGCUGAAGAUUGAACUGGCCUGGCCAGGAAAUAUCAUGCACGACGUGAACAAAUACUGGAAGACUAAAAACCUCUCUCCCAAGCGUCUCAGCACUGGUAUUCUCAUGUACACCCUGGCCUCAGCAAUAUGUGACGAGAUCCACCUCUACGGCUUCUGGCCCUUUGGCUGGGACCCCAACACAGGCAAGGAUCUGCCGUACCACUACUACGACAAGAAAGGGACCAAAUUCACCACUAAGUGGCAGGAAACCCACCAGCUGCCCAGCGAGUUCAAGCUGCUCUACAAGCUGCACAGGGAAGGCGUGAUCAAACUCAGCUUGACGCACUGCUCUUAGACAUUCGAUGAGUCCGGGAUGGUUUAAGACGUGACUCCAGAGACCAUUACCAACAUACAUCAGCUCAGUUCAAACUUCUGUUGUGGCACACAUGAUAAGCAUGAUAAGUGUUUAGGCAGUUUAUGAUCAUCCUGCAAACACACACUCGUGUCACGUUGUAAUUUUACAUGAAGAUGUCAGGCUCACUCGAGCUGCAGAUCCCAGCGUUGUUAUUCAUUCAACCUGUUGUGUUCAGCACCACAGUUAGGGGCUUUCAUGCAGCUCAGUUGCUUUCAUUAUUCUCCUUUGCAUGACUGCUGGCUAAAUAGUUUGAGCCAAACAGACAUCUAUUUUAACUGGAGUCUACGGGGGAUUCAGCUGUGGGGACGCAGUAAAUUUCCAAUUCUGCUUGAAACAGAUCGAUUAAUCACCUUUACAACAGUAUACCAAUUCUGUACACUGAAAUCACUGCCUAAUCUCAGGGAAGGAGUUAGAUCAGUGUUUUUUGUAAUCAGAUUUAAUGCCUCCAGAGAGGUGCAGUUCCUGUUUUCAGGCCUUUUCCCCCACGAGGUGUCAGACAAUCUGCACUGCUCUAGAAGAUGGUAUUUGUUUACAAGAUUGUACUCUAUAUAAAUAUAUGUGUGUCUUUUUUCUCUGUAGACAGCCUGACUGUCCACUUCAAAAUUUUUGGAAUAAUAAUCAACAUUCCAACAAUAAGCCAUAAAUUCAUGGAGAGGUGUUUUGUGAUCAUUAGAUCAGAACUGCAGAACGUGUUACCGGCCUUCAUUACGUAGGUGUUGAGAAAAUGAGACAUUUCCAAAAUCUACCAAAAAGACUAGGAGGAUAAUUUUCCAUCAGUAACAAUGAAAAUAUACAGUGGGGCAAAAAAGUAUUUAGUCAGCCACCGAUUGUGCAAGU